UCAGCAAAUUUGUUUUAAUAAUAUUUUGGGAUAAAUUGAUAUUUUCAGUGUAUUGUACUUUAACAAAUUAAAUUAUCAGUUUCAAUUCAAUACAAUAUACAUAUAGUUGGUGGAACUGCGACAUGGAGAUGAGCGAAGUAAAUACGAACAAACCUUACAAACAACGUUUCAAAGGGGUUGAAAACUUUUUACGCAGAGUUGCUUUCAAUUUAGGCAACUCCGCAUCACAAACUGAAGUAAAAAUCAUAUCAUGUAUUCCCAUCGACGUGACUGAUUUACAGCAUCGGAUCCAAUAUUUAGAAAGGCAACUGCAAGAGUCUAGCAAACGGAAGAAGGGGCCCCGGCAACCGCGACCGCCGGCCACGCCGCCGUCACAGUCUUUGACGCCGCCACCGCCAAUGUGGUCGUCUUCGCAGCCCAUGUGGCAGCAGCCACCUAUGUGGCAAGCGCCGCCAAUGUGGGGGCCGUCACCGAUGAUGCAGCCUCCGAUGAUGGCAGGAAUAGGCCCGCCGCUGUCGCAAUUGUCGACGCAGCCGGCGCUAUCGAUGGAUCCGCAAUCGGCACAGCUACUGCAGUCAGGGCAGCUACAACAGGCGGGGCAACUACAACAGGAGGGACAGCUACAGCAGGUGGGGCAACUACAGCAAGCGGGGCAACUUCAGCAGGCAGGGCAGUUACAGCAGCCAGGGCAGCUAACUCAGUCCAGGAAUCUAACGCAAUCAGGGCAGCUACCACAGUCGGGGCAGCUACCACCCUGCCCGCCGUGUCCACAGCUAUCUACAGUACCCUGUAUUUAUACGCCUCCGAAUUUAGAUGACAAGGAUGGUGCCGUUGGUGACAAAGCAAGUAAGCCUAAGAAAGGUGACACGGUAGUGCACACCGCUCUAUUCAAGGAGUCUUACUCCGGGCAGUCUAUGGCAUAUGAGUAUAGCAGCGAUAAAUCGUCUAGAAGUUUCAAGUCUCGUCAAACCCCUGAGUGCAGUGGAUGUUGCUCUUCAAAGCAGGCAAGAAAAUCUAACGUCUCCUUCGUGUUACCCGCCAUAACGACAAACAACGAACAACCGUAUUGUAAUUUUAGCUCUUACGAAAAUGGUAAUCCAGACCAAAAUCGUUCAGCAGCUGAACCUGAUCUUGCUAAAAAGCGUAAGAAAAAAAGAGUAAGCAAGAAAAAAAGUAAACAGCGGACCGAAUUGAUAUAUUUUGCCCAAAACAAACAAACCAAUCCUUUUAAUAAGAAAUUGAACAGUUUUCUUAGUCCAACGAACAACACAGUGUCAAUAAGCCACGCAUACUUAGAUAAAAUUAUUCGAAAACAAUACGAUCCCAAAUUUUUCAUACAAGAAUUUUCAGACACCAGUCACUUUUCGAGGCCGAUUUGCAGAGACAGUGAUGAUAAAUCUGCAGGUCUGCACGAAUCUGAAUCCGACGUGUGCUCGUGCUGUCACGGGCUAUUUCAAAACAUUGAUGACUAUAUGCCAAAAGGAUUUGAUUCUAUAAAUAAAAUAACUCAGUAUGAAAGAAACUACACGAAUAAUAAAUAUAAUAACUCAAAUCUAUAUGACAUUGUUCCUGUAAAGGAGAACACAAAUAGGUUACAAAAAGAAAGUGUAAUACCUAAAAAGGAAAUGGAAAUUCGAUGUUGGCCGGAACAAUUUCGGUACAAAUACCACUACGAUCCGACGACAGAAAAAUACCGCGCUGAAAUUAAUCUAAAACGACGUGACAAGUUAACUACCCAGAAAACAAAGCAAAUGGGAAAGUUAGAGCAAGUUAAUCAAGACCAAAAUCGGAUGAAAACACAUUUUCACGAAACAAGUAAGGAAACACACGAUGAAAAUAAAGAAACUGUUCCAGAAUUAAAGUUAAAAAACUCUGAAUCCGUUAAGAGUAUUCUAGUCAAAAACGAAUUAAUUGCACCUGAUGACAUAAACAUGAAACUUCACCUUACCAACCAGAGCAAGCAAAUGGAAUUAAUUCCAAAUAAAAACAAAACAGAAUCGACUUUAAAUCAAAUAAAAAGUAUUUUGCAAUCUAUGUUAGCAGAAAUUAAAACAAAUACAGUAGUAAACGAAGCUUUGGAAAAAGUACCAAAAAAAGAUGCUGUUGUUCAAAAAGAAGCUUCUCAAAAUAACAUGCAAGGCCAAUCGACCCUACUUCAUAGUUUCACUUAUAAUAAUUCAUACAACACUAACCCUUACUUGCCGUCUUGUUCUCGACAGGGUUUUUUAGCUGGCCAAUGCUGUUUACCAGGAGUUCCAUACAACCCUUCUUUUAAACAUCUACAUAACUUCCCAGUGUUUGUUCACACAUCUGGAAGACGCUUAUGCGCCUGUUAUUGUAAAAAUAGUUCGCAUAACUCUUCAAAAUAUAAGCAAGCUUCAUCAGCUGCCACAAACACAGACAAAGACGUUCAGAACGUUGGUAACAGAGAGACUGAAAAACUUAUAAAAGAAAAUUACAAAAUGGCUAUGACUAUGGACUUUCCAGCUAAAGAGAAUUCUGUAAGCGAGUAUGAUGAAAAAAAAUCGACUAGAAAUGAUUUUAUUAAGAAAAGUAAUACAAAAGAUAUAAUAAGCACUGGUAAGGAAGUCAUAGGUAAACGAGAUAUUCAAGUUGAAGCAGCUUUAAUUUCCUCGACUAUAUCAAAUAAUAGCAAAUUAGCAACUGCUGCCAGCACCCAGUCGGAAGAUAAACAUGAAAACAGGUAUGCAAGAAAUGAAGCAAACCAUAAUGGCGUAUUACAUGGAAUCGAACGACACAGUACUGACACAAUCGUGGAGGGCGAUGGAGAUACAUGCGCAUCUAGUGAUGAAACUGAAGAAGAUGAUAUUGUGGUCGUCAAGGAAUAUAAAACACCGAAAAAUGAAAGGAAAUGUCUCCUACAAAGGAUGUUCAAAUCGGUGAACAUGUUCAGGAAAAGCAAGUCAGACAAAAAAGAUCAAAAGGAAUGUGAUGAAGGAUCUCGAGCGAGCGACUCUGAUGAUUACGAAACAAUUUACAGUGGACGUACAGUUGUUCCACCGCAGAAUGAUCGCAAACAAUAUUACAAACGCAACAGUCAGCCAAAUGCCAAUUCAACAUUCAGACCAUUGCACGGAAAAGGUAGAAGGUCACCUUAUUUAGAACAAGAAUACAGGAGGCAAUGGAAUGAACAGCUCGUAUUUGAAAAUCAACAGGAAAAAAGACAAUCAUCCGGGCGACCUCGUUCAAACCAAUCACCUCAAUAUUCUCGUCCGCCUUAUUGGAAUAAUUACGAUGCAAGGACCGCCACAGUAGAACACAAUAUGCAAAAUCAAUUCAAAGACAUUUCUGAAACAAAGGUAAAAAAGCAGUUGAAGUUUGAUCCGCUUGAUAAACUGAAAGAUGGCGCGGCAAAAGAUAAGCGUAAAUGGCUUAAGAAACAUAAACUGGCCAAUUGUGGAGAACACUGGAAGAGCUUCAUAUUGGAAAGUUGAGUUUCGAUACUUUUACACAUAAAUCUAAAUAAAAUUUUAAAAA